AUGUGGGGAAUAUUCCUCGUAGUUUUAAGUUUAAUACUUGACAGUCAAUCUGCUCUUAAUGUAAAACAAAAGGCGGAAUGUGGAUACAAGCAAUGUCCUCAAACUCGAGACGGUGCUUUGAACGUGCAUCUCAUACCUCACUCUCACAUGGACGCCGGCUGGGUUAAGACAUACGACGAGUAUUAUUAUGGAACUCGGACUUCUGUAAGCACUGCGAAUGUCCAGUUGAUUUAUCAUUCAGUGCUAUCAGAACUUCUCCACGAUAAACGAAGAAAAUUUACGUUUUCUGAGACGGCAUACUUUUGGCGCUGGUGGAAGGAACAGCGGCCGGCUACUCGUGCCACGUUCCGAGCGCUGGUGCAGGAAGGCCGAGUGGAGUUCGCUGGCGGCGGCUGGGUGCAGAACGACGAAGCUACAUCCGACUACCUGCAGAUCAUUGACCAGUUCACUUGGGGGCUGAGGAAACUCAAUGACACGUUAGGUCCCUGUGGCAAGCCGAAAGCAGCGUGGCAAGUGGACACGUACGGACAUACCAGAGAGCAGGCGUCGCUGCUCGCUCAGAUGGGCUACGAUGGACUGUUUAUAGGAAGAGUGGACCAUAAAGAAAGAGAAGCCAUGAUAGAAGAAGAUAGAAUGGAGUUCAUGUGGCGCGGGAGUAACGUCCUUGGUAAAAUGUCGGACAUAAUGACCCACAACCUGUUCAAUCUGUACAACGCGCCGGACGGUUUCUGCUUCGACUUCCUCUGCAGCGACGAGCCCAUCAUAGACGAUCCGGAUAGCCACGUUUAUAACGCUGACACCCGGGUAAACGAUUUUAUAGCACAAAUCGAGAGGCAGGCGAAAUAUUAUGAUCAUGACAACAUAAUGGUGACCAUGGGUGGGGACUUCACCUACCAGAGCGCUGCCAACUGGUUCAUGAACAUUGACAAACUGAUAAACCACGUGACCACGCAUCCAGCGAACUUAUCCGACGUCAAUGUUUUUUACUCGACGCCAUCUUGUUACUUGAAGGCCAUCUACAUGUACGGUAGGCGAGACAAGUCUGUGUUCACGGAGAAGGGAGAUUACUUACCCUACGGCAGCGAUUCUACAACAUACUGGACUGGAUUCUACACGUCAAGGCCCAGCCUCAAAUAUCUCGCCAGGAAAUCACAUGUCUUCCUUCAGGUUGUGAAGCAGUUAACAGUAAUAUCUAAGAUGGGUGACUCGUACGAGCUGCACCUACUGCGCCACGCUGUCAGCUUGUUGCUUCACCACGAUGCUAUCACAGGGACCAGCCAACAGCACGUUACCCAGGAUUUCAUAAAAACCGUAACGGAUGCUAUUGAGUCGUGCUCUAAAAAAGUGUCACAAUACCUCAGCGCUCUGACACCAACUUGGGGAGGCAGCCGACGUUCCAAAAAUAAUCAACAGUUCAUCAUCUGUCACCAGUUGAACAUGAGUCAAUGUAGAUUCUCAGAGAGCCAGGACACUAUGCUCCUGUUGGUGUACAAUCCGUCGAGCGUCAAGACCUACUACCACGUGAGGUUGCCGGCCAUAGCGAUGCAUUACUCUAUACGGGACUACAAUGACGAAGAAGUGGAAUACCAGCUGUUACCACUGCCAGCAGCCGUUAUAAACCUACCUGGACGGAGCUCCGCUGCGAUUCAAGAGCUUUACUUCGAGGCGGAGAAUAUACCACCAAUAGGCUACACAGCGUACUACAUAGCACCGAUCAGGGACCCACUGGAAGAAUCCGUAUUCGCGAAGAAGACUCACCACAACCCUGAAGCUGAUCAAGAACUUACACCAACCAUUUCAAAUGAGUACCUGAAAGUAACAAUAGACAAAGACACCGGUCUGCUGGAGUCAAUCCAGCACGUGGACGGCGUGAAGGUGCUGAUCUCCCAGAACUUCUACUUCUACAGUCAAACCCAGCAGCCACUGCAGUCUGGCGCAUACAGUUUCCGACCAUCGAGUAACAGGCCAACACCUAUUACAGAUAAAGUUAUAUACCACGCGGUCAGAGGGAGUCUGGUCAAGGAGAUCAGGCAGAGAUUCAGCGACUGGGCGACACAAGUGAUACGUCUCUACAGAGGCGAGGAGUUUAUAGAGCUGGAAUGGAUUAUAGGGCCUGUGCCUGUUGGGAAUGACCUCGGUAAAGAGGUGGUAAGCAUCCUGAAGACCAACAUCAGUAACGGCGGUGAAUUUUUCACGGACGAGAACGCGCGCCAGAUGAUGAAACGCACCUGCUGGAACGAAACUUCUAGUCAUCAGCAGAAGAAGCCGGUGGCGGCGUGCUACUAUCCCGUGACGUCUCGCAUCUGCACGCGCUCCGUCAACGCCAGCGUGGAGCUGUGCGUCCUGACCGACCGCACGCAAGGAGGCACCUCCUAUAACGAGGGCGAGAUUGAACUGAUGUUGCAUCGUAGACUACUGACUGACGAUGGCUUCGGUCUAGAAGAAACCCUCAAUGAAGAGGCAUUCGGCGUCGGAUUAGUGGUGAAAGGAAAACACAGAAUCAUGUUUGGCAAUUUCCGACAAGAGAUGGAUGAACAGACGUUUUCGGAGAGGGUUGCAUACACCGCCAGGAAGUGGCUGAUGGAGCCCUGGCUUUUCCUGGCACCAGGUGAAAAGAUCAAUAGGAGAAAAUGGCAAAACGUCAGAAAUAAACGGUAUUCAGCUAUCCGGCUGCAUGGGCUGCCUCGUCACAUUCAAAUUAUAACCCUGGAGCCGUGGAAAGCUGGCUCGGUAUUGUUGAGACUUGAAAAUACCCUCGAAAAGUCAGAUAAAGAAUUUUUCAAAACGGAAAAAGAUGCUACGGAAGAUUACGGACCGAGGACCACGCAUAUAGUAGUCGACCUGCGUAAAAUAUUUGGACAGCACGAGAUCAAGAUGGUGAAAGAGACGACGCUGGCUGCCAACCAGUGGCUGGAAGAUGCUAGACAGAUGGACUGGAGCACGAGAUACGUAUAUUCUGGUGGCGAUGACGGAAUCCUACCAGAAGACAAUGUUGACUACACAGAUGAGAAACUUGAACGAUCAGAAAGAAAGGACUCAGGCUAUUCGGAAGAAGAUUCAGACUACGUAAGAAAAGGACCACGGCAAAAACUUAACCCCAUGAACAAAGUUAAAAUACCUCAGUCUCGAUACAGUCAAUUUGAGGACAGGCGUAAAAGAUCGCUUAAUAUCACAGAAAAUCUUAUUGAUAAUCCUAGUGAAACUAAUGCUUCCGAUUUUAUUACAGUUAAAAAUUCCAUAGAAAGCACCACAAAAGUAUCUAACGCUAGCAAAAUUGACUUAAGCGAAGCACUAAAAUACGUGGAAGUAACAACUCAGAAAAAUGUUUCGCUUCCACAAAUUGACUCUAGACGCGCUAAUUUAGCAAUAAAAUCGGAUAUAAAUAAUGAUUUAGUACGCACCAGAUUCAGGUCGGUGUCUAAGAAAACUCCAAAGCUAAACUUUUUCCGCGCCAAAGUAAAACCCAUGAAGUUCUUCGUAGACUGGGGUAACAACUCCGAGGACUCAAGGGCUUCGGAAGAGGAUUUCUCGUCAAAUUUAAAGAAGAGGUCAACAAAAAGAAGGAACGGAAGUCAUAGCUUGAAAAGUAAUAGACGCAUGGAAUAUUUCUCUGAAGAACCCGACGAUGGCAUUACUCGAUCCAUGUACGAAAUGUAUUACAAAAUGAAACCGAGAGGCAAUUUUAAAAUACGUUCAGAACUUCCACAUCCUUCACACAGUAGAAGGAGUAAAAAGAACAGAGGCAGAAAGACAAAGCAUGAUGAAGUAACGACGUUAUUACCGGAACUUGCAACAAGGAAAUCUAGAAGAAACAGAACUAAAAGGAAACAAAUAAAAUCUAUUGUAGACUUUCCAAUCUUCACGAAUACCGGGAAAAAGAAGAAUAUACGAAAUGAAAGGAGGCUAAUAAAUAAAGAAAGUGGCCAAGAAAAAGCUAGUGAAUUAGAAGAAAUUAAAAUAAAUACUCGACUCCACAAAGAUUUACAAGCAGACAUCGCACCAAAGUCCGAGUUGGCACACCUACGAGCUAAAAGGCGUAAGGAAGAAACAAUCAGUAGUUUCCAAGAUGACGAAAGCGGAUCCACCGGCGCUGAAGAAGAAUCGGAGAACGUUGAAGAGAACAGUAGGGAAUGGGAAAAUAAUAGGAGAAAGAGAACUGCAUCAAAGGAAGAAGAGGGCCAGGAGAGCGGUUCUGACACUCAAGAAAAUGCCGAAUCCGAAUUCGUGGUCACAUUGCGUCCCACACAAAUACGCACGUUCGUCAUUUGGUUCGUUGACAACCGCAAGACGUAUACGUUAUAA